AUGUAUCCUACACCUGCGCGGCAUCAGGCCGCUGCUGUUCGGGGCCCACAACCAUCAGCCGGACAAUUAAAGUUUACAAUAGCAGAUACUUUAGAAAGAAUAAAAGAGGAAUUUAAUUUUUUACAAGCACAAUAUCACACGUUAAAAUUAGAAUGUGAAAAACUAGCUAGUGAAAAAACUGAGAUGCAAAGGCAUUAUGUAAUGUAUUAUGAGAUGUCCUACGGCCUUAAUGUUGAAAUGCACAAGCAAACAGAGAUAGCAAAGAGGUUGAGCGCAAUCAUAGGACAGGUUCUGCCAUUUCUCGCACAAGAACACCAACAGCAAGUUGCCUCCGCCGUUGAGAGAGCUAAGCAGGUCACUAUGUCUGAACUUAAUGCUAUUAUAGGGCAACAACAACAGCAGGGAUUGCAGCAACUGCUUCAACAGAUCCACGCCUCAGCGUCACUACCACAUGGUGUUGGGGGCGCCGGUGCGUUGUUAGGCGCUGGGGGCCUUCUAUUUCCCGGUGCUGGUCCACCAACAGCGCCACAUUUACCGCCGCCCGCGCAUAAGGUGGAGCUACCACCGCCUUCGGACAUAAAGCCUCCGUUAUCAGGUCCAGCUCCUCCCCCUUUAUUACCGGGACAGCCUCCACCUAGGGAUGACGACCGGCUUGCUUCAAGAGCUAUGGCUCAACAGCGUCAUUCCGUAUCACCUCACGAACGCGAACAUAAAUAUCGGCCGCGUUCACCAGCUGAGCCGGAACCACUCGACGCCAAACGACGCAAAGAAGACAAGGUACCUGUCUCUGUGUCUAGUGAUAGUGAUGCCGAGAAAAGCGAUCAGGACUUAGUUGUAGAUGUAGCUAAUGAGGAAGAAAGGGGGUCUCCAAGUGUGAGACCUCAGGAUGGAGAGAGAACGGAAAAUGGUCCUCGACCACCUUCGAGAUCGGGGUCUUCUUCUAGCAGAUCUACACCUAAGAGCUCUAAAGAUGAGAAACCAGGAACGCCCGGUGCUAAAGGACGCGCUCCAACCCCAACGGGAAGGUACGCGUUUCCACCAUAUGCCGCGUACAGAACGCCCUUACCCUACGAUGGCCACAGGACGAAUGGGAUGCCACCUGCCAAACCUGCAUACUCAUACCACACAUGCGGUGGUCCGCUCCAACCAGUGCCUUUUCCCGCGGACGCCCUUGUAGGACCGGGGAUUCCCCGUGGUGCUAGACAGGUGGCAGCAUUACCCCACGGCGAAGUCGUGUGUGCGGUGGCCCUAUCUCUAAGCAGUGGUGCAAGGCAUGCGUACACAGGCGGUAAAGGUUGUGUCAAACUAUGGGAUAUCACCAGCCCCGGUUCGCCUAACACGUUGGAACCGUUAUCGCAGUUGGACUGUUUGCAAAGAGAUAAUUACAUCAGAUCCGUGAAACUCCUACCAGAUGGUAGGACAUUGCUGGUCGGAGGAGAGGCCUCCAAUCUCUCCAUCUGGGAUUUGUCUUCUCCUACACCUCGAAUGAGAGCAGAACUCACUUCUUCAGCCCCGGCCUGCUAUGCCCUAGCAAUAAGUCCUGAUUCUAAGGUGUGCUUCAGCUGUUGCUCCGAUGGCAAUAUCGCAGUCUGGGAUCUUCAUAAUCAAACAUUAGUUAGGCAAUUCCAAGGUCACACGGACGGCGCAUCUUGUAUAGACAUAAGUCCGGAUGGAACCCGACUAUGGACGGGUGGGUUAGACAAUACUGUGCGUUCCUGGGACUUGAGGGAGGGAAGGCAACUGCACCAGCACGACUUCUCAAGUCAGAUCUUCUCGUUGGGAUACUGUCCUACAGGUUCCUGGCUGGCCGUGGGCAUGGAGAACUCCCACGUGGAAGUAUUACACGCGGGCAAACCCGAUAGAUAUCAACUAGUGUUACACGAGUCUUGUGUCCUCUCACUAAGGUUCGCGGCGAGUGGCAAAUGGUUCGUGUCAACGGGAAAAGAUAAUCUACUCAACGCCUGGAGAACGCCGUAUGGCGCUAGUAUAUUCCAGUCAAAGGAAUCCUCGUCAGUGCUUAGUUGUGACGUGUCAUCAGACGAUAAGUUCAUUGUGACGGGCUCUGGAGAUAAAAAAGCGACAGUUUACGAAGUUAUGUACUGA